UUUUUUCUUAAUGACCUCUCGCGUAUCAUAUAAUAAUAACAAACGCGCCUUGGUUGAAACAACGAUCAACGAACAUCCUUUCACUACGUCUUAUAUUAACAAUCAACUUAUUGAUACUAAUCUUAAUAAUAAUCAAACAACGACAGUAAUGAUGAACUCACAACAACAACCUCUUUCCCAACGUUCUACAAAACGUCGAAGAAAUCGAGAUACUCCUCCAAGACCUUUAAAUUCUUUUAUGAUAUAUCGAAGGGAAUAUCAAAAAAAGAUCAAGGAACAAAAUCCAAAUAUUCUCCUUUCAGAAUUAUCUCGUAUUUCAAAAUCCGCAGCUGAUAAGUGGGCAAGUGAACCACAACAAGUCAAACAAAUUUAUGCGGAGAAGGCUCGAGCAGAAAAAGAGCGACAUAUGAAAUUGUAUCCAAAUUACGUUUAUUGUCCAAGAAGACCAUCAAGAAGUAAACAAAGAAAGAAAUCAGCUUCUGAAGGUUCUUCGUCAGAAAAAAUGUCUCUCAGCUUUUUACUAAAUGAUGAGAGCAAUGCCUUUCGACCGUACAGUCAUCCCAACCAUACUUACACACCAAUGUAAAUUUUGAGGCCGAAGAACGUAUUUUUUGUGUAGGGGAUUGCCGUUGACGACAAAAAAAUGGAUGAUGUUUGAAAAUUGAUUUGAAUUUUUUAAAAGAAACAAUUUUUUAUUUCUUUUUUUUUU